CACUCACCCACCCCACUCCCAUCCAAUAUUCAUUCUUCUUCAUGCUCCAUUUCCACCACACAAAUUCUUCAAUCUUUAAUUUUCUCAGUCCCUCUUUUCUCUCUGCCAAACCAAAACCAUGAAUCAUCAAUCAGGUCUCAAGCGUGCCAAAGAUCCAAUCCUAAUCCUCUUCUUAUUACUGCUCCUCUUCAUCUUCCACCUGGUUAUGCUUGAAGGAUCCUCUCAAUCUCAUGCAGUUGAUGAUGAGCCAUCAGAAUCACCGGGAGUGGCCGGAAUACAGCUGCAGCCAUUGACCACCAUCCCGGAGUUCAGAGUUGACAUGGAAUCAGCCGGGAGGAGGCGGUUGGCGCCUUUCCAGCUGUGUUUGGCGUGCAAGUGUUGUGUGUCAGCUGCAGACCCGAACACCUGCUCUACCAUGCCUUGCUGCUUCGGUAUUGACUGCCAGCUUCCAAACAAGCCUUUUGGAGUCUGCGCUUUUGUGCCCAAGACUUGCAACUGCACCUCCUGUGCUGUCUAGCCAUCAUACAAAUGAUUGUUGCAUACUAACAAGUAGUACAUGUCUGGUACAAUUUCAGGAAAGCAUGAAAAGAAGUUUAUAAAGAAAGGAAAAUGAAUAGUAGUACAUAGAUAGUGUUCCUCAAUAGGUUCUGAGCUCCUGAGGAAAUUCAGAUGUAUACAAGAGUAUUUUAUGUUAUAAUCUGAUGAAUUAUAGAAAAACUGAA